ACUUAUUUUAAAAUUCUGCCAAAAAAAAAAGUACAAUGCCGAAACCACCAUCUUCUCUCAACUUCUCCUCUCAAAAAAAAAAAAAAAAUCUUCUCUCACCUUCUAGGGUUUUAACUUCCGUCUUCCUUCCCCAAAAUCUGCUUUCAUGGCAGCCUGAUCUCUUUUUCCAAUUUCUUUCUCUCUCCUCUUCCAUUGAUAUAGUCGUUUUCCUCCACAAUGCAAGACCAAAAUCCUUCCAUUAACGAACCUCAAGAUAGCGAAGCUAAAGAGUCUAAUCGAACUGUACCACCGCCGAAAAAUCCCGGCGCCGAGGACAUUGACUCUAUUGUUGAUGUUUCAGGCAAAAAUUUGGAGCUUUCUCUCUCUCUCCUCGAUAAUAAUGAUGCAGCUGAGGGGUUGUAUGUGUAUAGGAAUGUGUUCAAUUUGAUGCCGAAAUCGCUUGGGAAUUUCGGCAGGAGGUUGAAAACGCUUAAGUUUUUCGCUAACGAGGUCAAUUUGUUUCCACCUGAGGUUAGGGAUUUGGUGGAGCUUCAGUGUUUGCAAGUUAAGGUUUCCUCUGUCGGUCUUAUGGGUUUGCCUUUUACCAAGUUGAAGGCUUUAAAGGAGCUUGAGCUUUCAAAGACGCCGCUGAGGUCGUCUGGGUUUCCGAUUUUGGCUGAGAUUUCGGCUCUUAAGAGCUUAACCAAGCUCUCAGUUUGCCAUUUUUCUAUCAGAUACCUUCCUCCUGAAAUUGGCUGCCUUACUAGUCUGGAGUAUUUAGAUCUGUCAUUCAAUAAGAUGAGGAGUUUACCAAAGGAAAUAAGCUCAUUAAAUGCCCUCAUCUCUCUUAAAGUUGCUAAUAAUAAGCUAGUUGAACUACCAGCUGGAUUGUCAUCUCUUAAAAGAUUGGAGAACUUGGAUUUAUCCAGGAAUAGGCUGACAUCUCUUGGAUUGCUAGGACUUAGCUCGAUGCAGAACCUUCGGGAUUUGAAUCUUCAGUACAAUAAGCUUCUCAGUUGUCAAGUACCUGCAUGGAUUUGCUGCAAUAUGGAGGGCAAUGUCCACGAUAUCUGCUGUGAUGACAUUGUCAAUUCUACUGCUGAGAUGGAUGUUUUUGAAGCAACAAUUGAUGAUCAUGGAAGCAUAUCUUGCAAUGCAUCUUCUCAUUCUACCUCAUAUCAUCUGGCUGGGUCUUCAUUAAUUGAUAGAUGUUUUGGGAAGAGGCAAUUAGGUAAACGAUGGAAGAGAAGGCAAUAUCUACAGCAACGUUGUCGCCAAGAGCGAUUACAUUAUAGUAGGAAAUGGAAACAUGAAAACCAUGGUGAUACUUUCAUUAUGAAAUCAGGUGAGAAGUGCAGAACUUGCAAACAAGCUCCACUUCCAUCUGAAUCUAUCUCUGGGUGUGCUUCUGACAUCACCUGUGAUGAGGAUCAGCAUAAGCAGUCAGCUUCUAGGGAUGAGGAGGACAGUGGAAAUUUUCUUGAUGCUGCUGAAGAUGAUGAUCUGAAGUCUAAGGAGGGGAUUGAUUCGGAGAAUGGAGAAUGUAUUUCAGGUGGGGCUGAUUGUGAAGGUGAAAAUGACACUUACUGCGGUGAUGCUUCAUCAACUUGCGUAUGUAGUUUAGGUGAUAAGGAUAAAGAAAGCUGUUUUUCACAGGUCUCAAAAACUUCCCUGAAGUGUAAAAGGCAGUCAGAUAGAUAUCUUGAUAGUCCAAAGCCCAGUAAGUCUAGGAGAUCAACUGAGGAUCAGUCAGGUAUUUCUCACAAAUACAAUAUGAUGUCAUUCUGUGGCAUUGAGGAUCAUCUCCCAGAUGGUUUCUAUGAUGCUGGACGGGAUAGACCUUUCAUGUCGCUGGGGGAUUAUGAGCAAACUUUGGAGGUCCAUUCUCGUGAAGUAAUUCUACUGGACAGGGAAAGGGAUGAAGAACUAGAUGCAAUUUUGUUGUCAGCUCAAGCAAUGGUUCUCCGCUUGAAGAAGAUGACUGGUUUGAGGCUGAGAAGGGACCUAACAUCUGAAGAUAGCUUUCUGGUUGCUUCUUGGCUUGCUCUUUUUGUCUCAGAUCAUUUUGGAGGUAGUGACAGGGCUACUUUUGUUGAGAGGGUUAGGAAAAAUGUUUCCGGUUCAAACUACCAUAAGCCUUUUGUCUGUACUUGUGCUACUGGGAAUAACAAAGCUGGGAUGGUGGCCACUAAAAAUAAUCUAUGCACUCCAGAGGAUGUUGAUUUACGAGAUAUGUGUGAGAAAUCUCUUCAAACUAUCAAAGCGGGACACAAUUCAGUGGUUGUGCCUUUAGGGUCUUUGCAACUCGGUGUAUGUAGACAUAGGGCAGUUCUUAUGAAGUACUUGUGUGACCGAAUGGACCCCCCUGUGCCUUGUGAGCUGAUUCGAGGCUACUUAGACUUUUCUCCACAUGCCUGGAACGCAAUCCUUGUCCAGAGGGGUGGAUUAUUGGUUCGUUUGAUCAUUGAUGCUUGUCGUCCGCAUGAUAUACGGGAUGAAAUGGACCCAGAGUACUUAUGCAGAUAUAUUCCGCUUACGCGGAUAAAUUCCCCUAAACUUAUUCCAAGGAAUCCAAUGUCUACUUGUUUUCCUUCUAUCUCCGAAUGCGAAGAAGUUGAAAAAUUUGCUUCGAGUUCUCUCAUCCUAUGUAAAGUGGGAUCAGUUGAAGCUGCGGCAAAGGUACGCACCUUGGACGUAUCUGCAGCUUCCUUGGAUGAAAUCAGGAAUUUUGAAUAUACCUGUAUAGGGGAAGUACGAAUUUUGGGUGUUCUAAGAAAGCACCCCUGCAUAGUUGAGAUUUAUGGACAUAAGAUAUCUUCUGAGUGGAUAGCUGCAUCAUCAUCAGAUGAAAAGCCUGAGCGUCGCAUGCUCCGCUCUGCGAUUUUUAUGGAGUAUGUUGGUGGGGGUUCUCUGAAGGCUUACAUAGAGAAGCUGUUGAAAGCUGGUGAGAAGCAUGUACCUCUUCAUCUUGCUUUGUGCAUUGCUCGAGAUGUUAUAUGUGCGCUAAAGGAGCUGCAUUCCAAACACAUUAUUCAUCGUGACAUCAAGAGUGAAAAUAUCUUAAUUGAUUUGAAGCAGAAAAGAGCUGACGGAUUGCCUGUGAUCAAGCUUUCUGAUUUUGACAGAGCAGUUCCUCUUCGUUCCUCUUUGCAUACAUGCUGUAUAUCUCAUGUAGGAAUACCCUCACCCGAUGUUUGUGUUGGAACACCCCGAUGGAUGGCUCCUGAGGUAUUGCAGGCAAUGCAUGAACAUAAACCCUAUGGGCUGGAAGUUGAUAUUUGGUCCUAUGGAUGCUUGCUUUUGGAAUUGUUAACCUUGCAGGUCCCAUAUUUUGGGCUACCUGAUUCAAGCAUUCAUGACCUUCUACAAAAUGGCAAAAGACCCCUAUUGUCUGGUGAUUUGGAACUGUUGGGGUCGUUGGAAGAAUCUUCCAGAUCAAAAUCCUCUAAGAAGCUUGAGGAAGCGGACAGUGAAUUGGAGAGUUUAAGAUUCUUGGUAGGUUUGUUCCAUGAAUGCACAAAUGGAAAUCCUGCUGAACGUCCAACAGCUGAAGACCUAUAUGAUAUAUUGCUCUCUAAGACUACUACUCUCGCUGCUUCAGCCAUUUUCUGAGUUUAUGUUCUUUGCAAUUUUGUAGGUUGGAAUUUAACCUCUCUCCAUGGGUAUUUAUUUAUCUAGAUUUCUAGAAUUUAUAUAAAAAAUGUAACUUUAAGCUAUAUUAUAGCUGUAUUUCGGCUUUUUUUAUAUUUGUGUUGUAUGUUAGUAUUGAUUGUUCAUCAAGGUGACACCGUACCAGUUGAUAAGUUCCAUUUUUGGUUUAGGUUUACGUAAUUUUAGGAUGACUAGAGUUUGCAAUGUCGAUAAGAGCCUAGCCAGCCGUCUUUGCUCAUUGUAACUUUUAUCUGGUAGAACACAACAUUACACAUUCUUGGCUUAUGGUGAUAUUUAAAAAAACUUCUUUGUGA